UAGACUCAUUAACGGAUAAUCUGUUAGAAAGGUUUUGGCGUUGACGAGUAAACACAUGCAACGAUAGAGGUGACUCUGACGGAAAUAAUACACAGCGGCACGGAAAAUAUGGCGCAGUCUGAAUCACCGUCACAGGUCAGUACGGCCACCGCCGAUUCUAAACUCCAACCCGCAGAAGGCGAGAUGGUGACCCAGUGGAAACAGCGACGGAUGUCCAUUAUUUCCAAGGAAUCAUCGGGGAUUCAAAAUGAUGAAUCGAAACCAGUCGUUUCCAAUCGUAGACGGUCCACAUUCAAAGGAAUCGCAACCUCUAUAAAUACAUUGCUACAAGUUCGAAGAGGAACCAAAGCUCGAUUGAGCGUCUCUGGAUCUGAGGAACCUAAAACACCAAAACUGAAAAUGGAAAACACGUACAAAAUACAGCCCGAUCCUGGACAAACAUUUCAGACAAAGAUGAUUGAAGCCAUAAGUAAAGAAGUGAUGGAGGAAACACUAGACAAUGUUAAAUAUAAUUCAAGCCUUUGCAAUAGAUUGGUGUGUGACAUUUCUCAGAUGAUUAAAAACAAAGUUAGGGGUCUGAACAUGGCGCGUUAUAGGCUUGUGGUCCAUGUCUUUAUCGGUCAGUCUAACGACCAAAGUAUGCAGAUGGCCAGUCGGUGUGUCUGGGACGAUUCCACUGACAACUUUUCUACAUAUACAUACAAGAACGACUCACUAGUAGCUGUGACUUCAGUGUAUGGCGUGUACUUGGAAUAAAGUCAUCAGAGAUACAGAAGAAAGUAAACUAUUGAUUUAAACAUACAAUAGUAGAUAUAAUAUUUGAUAUUGAAGUGAUUAAAUAACCGAGAGAUAUAGCUAAUACACAUUAUUCUUACUGUACCUAGUUUGAAUUACAAAACUUUUUAAUUUACUUUUUUUUUUUUUUUUUUUUUUAAUAAUAAGCGUUAAUCAUGAACCAGAGUCAGUUACACCAGGAAUAUCUGUGAAUAUCGAGUUAAACCUCUGUUAGGCACUAGGAACAGAAGAUAAAAUGUUUCCACAGUAAAUCCUCCAAUUAGACAGUCUCCUGUCGGAGCUUAGACUCUUCCAACUAGCAGUGAAUUAACUUUACUUUUGUCGACGUUCACUCGGCGUUACAGUGCAGCAUAUGGCAACGACAAAAAUCGUCAUCCUCUUUAACAUUUUUAUAUUUAACAUGGAAUAUUUAACUACAUUUGCGGUAAAUAACAAUUUGUUUAAACAACAUCCUGAAAUGUUUGCGCUGUCCAUGUGUUUCAAAGAAAUACUAGUCUCAUUGACUUUGUGUACUCUUCGUUCUGACAAUAAAAUAAUUCAAUCAAACAUAAUAUGCUUGAA